AUGGCAUUUGAUGCUAACGGUUUAUACGCUUCAGCAAUGUCGGAUUUAGACAGUGAAUAUCUGAGAGCGGAAAGUGGAAGACCGUUUCUACCAGAAGAAGAAAAAGAAUUUGUAAAACUCUUCAAUAAACAAAAAUUCAGACCUAGAACAGCUAUUUUAACAGUGUGGUUUCCCAAAAACAUGUUCUUCCAACCGAUACCAGCUAAAGAUAAAAUCACUUUCACGAAUAAAGAAGGUAAAAGGGAAACUGGUAACAAAAUCAGGUUCAGAAAUGGUUUCUGUCACGACGUUUUAACAUCGGUCGAUAUUCAAGAAAUAGUGAAAGCCAGUGGAAGAAUUAUUAGAAUAUUAGAUGGUAUAGUAUACGAAGAAAAUUUUAAAACUCCACCCUAUAGAGAUUAUAUUUUAAUUUUGAGAGAUCUAAGAAAUAAAUAUAAACGAGAAGGUAAUAUCGUGGGUAAUAAUUGCAUGAAAUUAUUAGGUAAUUCCUUGUAUGGUAAAUCAAUUCAAAAAGAUAUAUUCACAACUAGACAUUUAUGGAAUGAAGCAACUUUACAGGCUAACUUUGAUUCACAUAUUAAAACCUAUGAGAAAAGUAAUGAUACUCAAUAUAUUGUUGAAACAGAAAUUGAAGAAAAAGAGAUUACUACCGAAGAUAGUAAAUCUACACUACUAACACCUAGUCAUUUGGGAUCAUUCGUUUUAUCUCACAGUAAAAAAAUAAUGAACAAUUUCAUUCACGUUAUAAACCCGAAAUAUGCUAUACCGACACCGAUAGUUUGUACAUUUUGUACAGAGCUGGUUUGGUCUCCGAUAAAGACUAUUGCAAAGGUAAAAACGAUUACGGUGACGGUGUAA